AUGGCGUCGACUGAAUACAAUAGUGUUGUCCUUGAUAUUGAAGGCACCAUUACCCCCAUUACUUUUGUGAAGGAAGUUCUGUUUCCGUAUGUCACGCGUGGAUUAGAUGCAUUUCUCGAUCGUACUUGGGGAUCGGACGAUUUGAAAGAGUAUAUUCAGUUGUUGCGCGAGCAGGCUCACCAGGACGUGCAGAACAAGGUUUCGCCAGCCGCUGUUGAGAUUCCAACCGAGGAGAAAAGUUCGGCGGCUGAAGUAAAAGAUGCUGUCAAGAAAAACAUUCAGUGGCAAAUGGCAAUGGAUCGAAAAAUUGGAGCCCUGAAGGCUUUUCAAGGAUUCAUGUGGAGAGAAGGAUACAAGUCGGGGGAAUUACGUGGAGAAAUCUAUGACGAUGUUGUUCCUGCCUUGGAUCGAUGGUUGACCUCGAAAAAGAUCUACAUUUACUCCUCAGGCAGCGUGCCUGCGCAAAAGUUGCUUGUCGGCCAUUCCACCAAAGGUGAUUUGUCAAAAUACUUUUCCGGUUACUUUGACACCACAGUAGGAUUAAAAACCGAAGUCCAAUCCUACAAAGCCAUUGCCCAAGAAAUUGGCGAAACCGAUCCUCAACGCAUCUUGUUCGUAUCCGAUAACAUCAAAGAAAUCCAAGCUGCCAAAGAAGCUGGCUAUCAAGUGGUGAUUUCAGAUCGUCCCGGCAAUGCUCCUCUGGGACCCGAAAGUGCGGCCUUCCAAAUUGUCACCACCUUUGCGAAAAUCCAUUAAAGUUGGUCUUUCAGAUACAGACCUUUUUUUUUUUUUUUCUUUUGCCCCUUUUGUAACCUCUUCUUUUACCUUUUUUAAGCCUCUUUAUUUGCCUUUUGGUUUUUGCUUUUUCCCAUGUUUUCUUCGUCGGUGCUUGACUUGCCGACGCAUGUUGAGUCGGCAGAGUUGGGGUAUGGCAAAACGCUCGCCUUUAACACAGCGUCCACGAGUGUUCUCGGAUUCUUGAAGCAUUCUCUGAGCAUCAUUCUCGAUAACAACGACUCGAAACAAAUCUUUUACUUUUUGUUACUCAAUCUAUCGUAUAUGUUUGUUCAACUUGUCUAUGGUGUAUGGACAAACUCUCUCGGUCUCAUUUCAGAUGGUAAAUUUAUGAGCACAGUCAAUGCUUGUCAUGUCUUGUCGGUC